AUGGAGCUUCCAAUCACGGCGACGGAUCUGCCUGCGGUGGCUGUGCCGCUGCGGUGCUGCGUGGCUGUGAGGGUUGCGGAAAGAUGCAGCGGCUACGGGGACGGAUGUGGGGACUGCGUGGCUGCAGUGGCGGCAGAGACUGCCAUGGUUAUGGGGUGGGGCUGCAGUGCUGGGUGGCUGGAGGCUAGGUUUAGUUCGUUGAUGCUGUGUAGUUUCAGAGAGGAAAGGAUCGUGGUGCUGGGCAAAGAAGGCAGUAGUGUUAAACUGUCAAUGGAUGGACAUGAGAGUGUAUCGACGAACAAUGAGGCGGCAUUGCUGAAAGUUGUUGUCAACCAACCUGUGUCUGCUGCCAUUGAAGCCUCGGGAUCUGACUUUCAAUUUUACUCUGAGGGAGUAUUUAAUGGGGCAUGUGAUACAAACCUAGAUCAUGGGGUUGCAAUUGUUGGGUAUGGAACAACAAAAGACGGAUACAAAUAUUGGAUAGUGAAAAAUUCAUGGGGACUAGAAUGGGGAGAACAUGGCUACAUUAGGAUGUAAAGGGGCAUAUCCCGCAAGCAUGGCUGUGGCAUUGCAGUGGAGGCUUCCUACCCUAUCAAUCUACUAACCGUUUACCAUCCUCUCUUAGAUUGUAUUCGGGGGUGUAAACUGCUUAACCUUGAAAUGUGGCUUGAUAUUGAAGCAUGGUUGAGUGAUAUCUGA